AUGGUCAAAGUUGGAUAUUUGGGACCAGCCGGAACGUAUUCGCAUCAGGCCGCGCAGCAAGAGUUCUCCGGGGCCGAGCUGAUACCCCAGAAGUCCAUAGGAGCAUGUUUCGAGAGUAUGCACAAAGCCGAGGUUGAUUAUGCGGUUGUGCCGUUUGAAAACUCGACGAAUGGUCAGGUGGUCUUCACGUAUGAUCUUUUGCGCGAUUGGUUCAUGAAGUGUGGGGAUUCUACUCCUACUCCAAAGUUCAAAGUAGUUGGCGAAUGUUUUGUCUCGAUCCACCACAGUCUGAUCGGAUUUCAGCCAGAUCUGUCCAAAAUUACGAAGGUCUACUCUCAUCCUCAGGUCUGGGGCCAAUGCUCCUCGUUCUUGGAGGGUUUAAACGUUGAACGCAUCGAUACCUCUUCAACUUCGAGGGCAGUCGAGCUCGUGGCCCAAAGCCCGUUGGUGGAACAGAAUGAGAUCGCCGCCAUCGGAUCUUCCGCAGCAUCUAAACUCCAUUCUGUGCCCGUUGUGGUUCCAAGCGUUGAAGACAAUACCUCUAACACUACGCGAUUCCUCGUGCUAGGAACCAAAGACGAAAUCUCACAGACCAGUAUUGACGUGCGAGACAGAAUAACGCUGCUUUCUUUCGUUCUCAAACAUUUCAACGAUAUGGGUUCUUUGAGUCACGUGCUUGAUGUUUUUGCACGUCACAAGGUCAAUUUGGUAUCGAUAACAACCAGACCUGCGAAACUGCUCAAAUGGCAGUAUGUCUUCUUUCUGGAAUGUGUGACCGGAGGUGACGCUUCACAGCUGGAUCCUGUUUAUUCCGAGCUUGGCGAAUUCACCGAGGAACUACGCAUCAUGGGCUGGUUCCCGAGAUCUGUUGAUUACGCUGGAAAAUAA